GCCGGACAUCCUUGCCGACGGACCCCUUGCGCAUCGCGUGCCUUUUGUGCGCGUCUGGCUCCUGAUCUCUGCUGGCGGCGAGCGCGGCGGGCGACACAAUCAUCAUCACAAUCAAGCAACAAUAAUCAACCCGCCCGCCCUGGUUCUGUGCGGACGGCCGACGAAUUACACGCGGACGCCAGUGCCCGGCUAACUCUGACGAUGCCUGCCAGACCUAGUUCUGCUUCUUAGGCCAACUCGCUACUGCCGAAAUUCUGUCUCGACCUCUGCUCUUCACAAGCCGACGACACUUUCCCUCUUCCGCGCCCUGGACCAACGCACCUUGCUUCACACGGCCACUUCUUUCUGGCGCUGGCUCCUCCCGCUUCCUUCACUGUUCACUGGGAAAGCACUCGGUCCUGUCGCCGACUUGCUGGCUGCUGCUUGUGGUGCCUCGGCGCCUCCAUUGACUUCGGCGCUUCUUCCUGAGGCUUGCCGCGCCCGGACUUUCUUGACCAAAUCCCACUGGUCUCUUCACACUCGCACGCGUACAGAGCUGCACGUGUCACCAGACGAGUCGCGAAGGCUUCAAACAUUUCACUGAAGCCUCCGCCACCACGCCUCGAGGCUUGCACUCCCGCCUGCAUGUCUCACUCGGAUCCCAUCACUUCUUCAUCUUGAGGCAUCGGCAGUAUGGAUUCCUCCAAUACUCCCACUCCACAACAGGAGCCGCCGAGCGUCAGCCGUGGUCCUGCGCCCUACCCGUCGUCGGCUCCCUCACAUGGCGCGAAUUCGGUGCCUCAUACUGGGUCACCAUACCCUCCGCCGCCACCGGAACACCAUCAGCAGCAACAGCAGCAACAGUUCCGAGCUCCUUCGCCUGCGAUGAUGCAGCCUGCGCAGAAUGGUGUCCAUCAACAGCAAUUCGGGUACAUGCCCGCACCUCCACCUGGCCAAGGACUCAUGCCGGACGCGUACAUGAACAACGAGUCAGGACUGUCAACCCCAGGCAUGUCUGCAGCGCAUACGAGUGCCGCUGCACUCUCAGCUCAACAGAAGCGCGCAUAUCGCCAGCGUCGCAAGGACCCGAGUUGCGAUGCGUGCCGAGAGCGCAAAGUCAAGUGCGAUGCAACAGACACCUCGAGUUGCUCUGAGUGCUCGAGUCGUGGUGUCAAAUGUCAAUUUACCAAGGAAACGAACCGCAGAAUGUCCUCGAUCAAGCAGGUGCAGGACCUGGAAAAGCAGCUUUCUAUGGCCAAGCAACAGAUUAACCAGCUCCGAGGAAUGGUACAGGAAAGUGGAAAUCAAUCGAUCCCCUCCACGUCCAACGCCCCAGUGCUGCAGCUGCCAGAACACCUCGCCAAGGAACGACGACCCUCGCCGCCGUUGAUGGAGGGAUUCGACGAGGUCCGACAAAAUAUCCGAACUUAUGGGAAAGGCAUUUUCAAGCCACCUCCACCAUACCAUCAGUUUGGUCCUCAACCAACAUUCCCUCACACGAAUCAUCCUCUGCCGCCAAAGAACGUGGCUGAACAUCUGAUUGCGAAUUAUCGCACCUCGGUACACCUCUACGCGCCGCAUCUGCACAUGCCCACGUUCAUGCAGGAGUUCGAGGAUCUAUACAGAACAGGAAGCUUCCAGCAGUCGCGUCAUAUCUGGGUUGCUCUGUUCUAUGCCGUACUGGCCUGCGGAACUUUGGGCGAUCCAGCACCGACGAAUCCCAACGAAGAAUCUGCUGGUGCACAGUACUUGAAUCACUGCAUCACGAGUAUGAAUACGUGGUGCGAUGAGCUGACGGUAGAUCACGUACGGUCCACUUUGCUCGUCAGCAUCUACUUUGUGGAGCUCAAUCUGCGCUCUGCAGCGUGGGUUUGGUUGGGUUCAGCAGUGCGGAUAGCACAGGACAUCGGCUUGCAAACAGAUCACGGCCCAUACUCGCCGAUGGAUCUGGAGAUGAGGAGACGUGUGUGGUGGAGUCUGUACAAUUGGGAUCGGGUUGUCUCGAUGGAAUUGGGCCGACCCCUGAUGAUCGAUGACAACGACUACGAUGUGAGCGAACCGGUCCCGGUCGACGAUGAAUUCAUACGUCCGAAUGGCAUCGUUAUGCCUCCGCCGAAUCAGCCGCCCACAAAUGGCCUGCUCGCUAUGAUCUUGGUCACACGGACCACCGCGCAAAUCAAGAAAACACUCAAAUCACUGACGAUAAAUCCUUCGACUCUUGCUACAUGUGACGAACACUUCCGAUCGAUCGUGGCAUCAUGGCCAGAACCAUUUGUCAACACAUCACAGACACCUUUGGAUCCGAGACUACUCACAGCCGCCAGCUGUGUGCAGGUGCAAAUGUUUCAUCUUCAUCGGCACAAUCUCUCACCCGCUUGCCGGAUGGCAGAUCGGCAGGACGCGAUGGACAGGUGCGCGAAUAUUGGAAAGGACACUGCACACUACAUUCAACGCACAAUGCAGCAUCCUGCAACUUCGAUUCAACAAGGCUACAUGUCACCCGCACAUCUGGCGACGUGGGGGUCGAUGAUUCGGACCAUGGCACCAGGGUUCUUCUGCGUAUUCCUAUGGAGGUGUCUGCUCGUCCUCACCCUGCGAGGCGAGUUUGGGGCCGCUCUGAUGCUAACACACGUAUCAGUCGCCGUGGGAGAUUUACGCAAGGUGAAUGUGGCUUGCGGCAGAAAUUUGGCCUUUUUCUUGGACAAGCUUAUCGAGAAGAUGCGAGCCGGGGCGAAUCAGCAACAGCUCCAAACGGACGAAGAACUGUUGGCAUAUGCUAGCGGAGACAUGCAAGGCAGCAUGCACUAUUCGUGGGCGUGGACUGGCAGCGAAGCGAGAAUGAAUGUGCACCAGCAACAGGUGGUAGUCAAUGGGCAUCCUGGGGACAAACCCGUACUGGCAGCAGAGCAGCUGUCCACCAGCACUCUGACUGAGCAAGAGGCGCGAGACUGGGGCGGAUGGGAGCAUAUUCAAAGAACACUGAGCCAAUUGGAAGAGCAUCAGAAGGGUCCUUCGAAUCCGCCACAGGCACCUCAACAAGCCCCUUCUGCUCCGCCAGCACCGAUGACGGCCGGCCACCAAGCGCCAUACCCGCCGCCUCAGCCUCCGCAGAGUACAGGACCUCCUUCGUACCCCUCACACCCUCCUCAGCCGAGCAUAUCUCCUAAUUCUCAUAAUGGGCAACAAAACAGUCAAGCGAACACCAAUGGCAUGGGCAAUGGGAGCAGUGCCAACGGUGCUCCAGGAAGCAGUCGCAUCAGCAUUCAGGACAUCAUAUAGAGUAGGAUUGCAUGGGAACGAGAUGGUUUUCAAAAGCGGGUGCAUAGCGUAUCUGGCGGCGCGAUGGCAUGGGAGCAAUGCAGUGAUGAUGCUUUAAUGGGUGGCAUACACAAUGCAUUUUGGGGAGGCACGCACGGAUAGACAGUACGUGAUACACAUAAAUGUACCAAAUAUCGUGGCAUGAGAUUUGGAAGAUUUCACGAGCAUGCACGAAGCUGACAGCAAGAGUUCUAAGCCACAUGUCACUCUACAUGUGCAACUCGGCAAGGUCCGUCCGCGCGCACGCGGUGUGGUGAUAGCUUUCAACCUUUUUUGUCACCGCAAGCUUACGCGUGCAUACUUUCAACACGGAAGUUGCGGAACGAUAGUA